AUGGUGCAUAGAGUCAGUUCGAUUGUAAAAGAGGAUGUCGACGUGGAUGCUACUGCAGCGCCAUCUGUGGUAGAGUCAGAGAAGGAUGAAGCUAGUAUGAGCGAUGAGGAUAAAGUUCUGCAAGCUCGCUUGGAUGCCGAGUUGGCUGCGACGGAAUCGGCGCUUCGGGAGCACGAGCAGGCUAUGACGUCGCUCACCAUGUCGGAACGCAAGAAGAUAGCCCAAACUAUCGGCGAGAUGCGUAAGGAAUCGGUUAUUAAGAUCCCUGAGCGCUUGGAUAUGGUGCUGUCUAACGGUUUGGACCAAGGGAUUUCUAGUGUCUUUAUCAGGACGCUCCGCGCCUUCGGCGCCUUGGCGUCCAAGAUAGGCAACAUGGAUGCGCCAUCGGAUAGUUGGGAGGAAAAGGCACAAGCUCUCGUUGCCAAGGAGUUGGAUACUUUGGUGGAGGUCUACGAUGAGAUUCGGGAGAAAGUGCGAUAUGUCCUUUAUGCAUCGCGUGAAAUGGAGCAGGAGCUUAUUCAGGAGAGUGUGGCCAAGGUUCGUGCUUUGUCACGCGAAGCUGUACGUGGUUUCUUCGACGUCAUGGAAAAGGUCGAGUUCCAAGUGACGUACUUCGAAAACGAAGGCUGGGACUCGGCUAUGCGACGCCGUGGUCGUUUCCACCGCGAAGCUAUAGAGAGGGAUCUCAUGGCCAUGUCCAGCCUGGGUGAUUUGCCUGAUGACAAUGCCGUCACGAUGGCACCUAAUUUGGCCGAGGAGACUAAGCAAAUCAACACAGGUGUUGAUCAGCUAUUCAAGCAGGCUGAGCAUGGAUUCACAGCGCUCUGCGAUCGUAUGACACAAGAUCCUUCUAUCUUGUCAGAUGAAGCGAAAUAUGCUCUUCUUCUUAUCGAUAUGCAUGCUCAUCUCGAUAUGUUGGCUCAUCUUGUCGAACAGCAACAGCGAUCGGCAAUGUUGCGCCUUCGUGAGACAAUUGGCGAUCUGCGUGAGUACUUUAACAUGACACGUGUGCCACCAUCGGGUGCGCUACACGACAUCGCUGACUUCCCACUCCCUGUGACUCCGUCUCAGGACACAGACAGCCCUGAGGGUGUCCUGGAUGUGCCUGUACCUGUGCCAGAGGUGGCUGAGGAUAUGGCUAUUCCCUCAGCUACGCCUGCUGCUGGUGCUGGUCUGGAUGACGAGGACGCACAGCCGAGUGUUACGAUGACAUCCACCGCUCCUGCUUCGGCGUCGCCUUCCUCUGAUGAGAUCUCCUCGCUCGAUGAUGAUUCGUUGACGUCUGAUAUACUGGAAGAAGCAUUGACGACGUCUUCAGAACCUGAGCCAACACAUGCUGCCGAAUUGGGUGAGGACAACGUUCUCUCGGCUGAGCCUGAAAGUCACUCCAUCACGGAGUCUGAGUCCACUGUAACUUCGACAUGGACAGUCGAGGACGCAUUUACUACCUCAGAUCCUGCGACGCUGACACUCGACCCUAGUGUGUUGACGUCAGAGGAGAUGGCUAUGCCCACUGACGCUGAUGUUUUCCCUUUCGUUGAUGACGUUCGCGACCUUUCCCCAGAUGCAAUGCUAUCUACGGUGAUUGACACUCUUCCUACCGAGACUUUGGAGCCUAUGGCCGGUAUUGAAACGUGGCCGCCUCACUCCGACGUAUCUGCGUCUGUGAUUGUGGACAUAUCAUCCCCUGUUGCAGAGACGCAACAGCCCACGGCAUCUGUCACUUUGGACGUCCAACAUGGUGACAUGGACGACGUCCAGGAAAUGACUCGUACAUCCAGCCAUCAGGCACCUAGCAUGCGCAAAGUUGCACGUAUGCCACGCUCCUCCUCGUCGUCAGAGCUUCAUGCUUCCUCGGCCGUGUCCCACGAUGAAUUAUAG